AUGAUUAUUUAAUAAAAUGAAGAACAGGAAAUGUUUUAAUAAUAAGAAUCUAAUGAUACUGAGUAAAAAUUAAAGAGUUCCUAUGUAUCAAAUGAAUAUCUAGAAGCUGGAGGUGGUAGUCCAUAAAAUUCAGUUGAUUUUAAAUAAUUCAAGGCUCCUUAAAUUAAUUAAAUACCUAAAGUAAUGGUUAAUGCAAGCAGUUAUCAAUCAAUACCUAUGAGUUCUCAAUUCAGAUAUCAAGAUGAUUAACAAUCAUAAAAAAUGAAGACAGGACCUAGUGAUUAAUCAAAAAUAACACCAGGCUAUACUAAAUAUAUGAUUGAAGAAUCAAAUUAAUAAUAUGAUUAUGUGAGAGGUAUGUUUACAGAAGAUGAAAUUAAAGAAGCAUUUAAUUUUUUAGAUAUGAAUAAAGAUGGUGGAAUAACAUCUGAAGAUUUAUCAUUCUUCUUGGAUUUUAUAGGAGAAAAGGCAACUUCUGAAGAAAUUGAAGAAAUGAUAAGAAUGUGUGAUAAAGAUGGAAGUGGAGAAGUAAAAUUUGAAGAUUUUAAAAAUCUAGCUGGAGGAUGGUCUUUGCCAACUUUAGGUUAAGCUCAUCCACCCACUAAGGAAUUAGUUGAAAAGCGUACACAAAUAAAUUAGACUAUGAUGGAAAAAGAAGUUCAAGAAGUUGCUAGAAAAGGUAAAAUAACACCACAAAUGGUUGAAUAAAUAAGAAAGAAUGAAUUAACUAGUCCAAGAUUUGGUUAAGAUGAAUAAUCCAAACUUAUGUUCUAAUCAAUAAACAAUAUAGCAUCCUAAAAGAAAUAGAGAUAAGUUAUUGGAUAGAAUCUAAAAGUAAUCCGAUCUGAAGAAGGUUAAAUAACUUAAUAAACUAAAUAAAAGUCAUCAUUAAGUUAAAGAGAUAUUAUGUUUUAAAGAAAAAAUAAUGCAAUUAGAUUUGUAAAAGAGAAGAAAAUUGAUCAAGCUUAUAUCUUGGAUGUUUUUGAAAAAAUUAAUAAGCUUGAUAUUAUGGAAUCAUGUACCUAUGAGGAUUUCAUUCAUUAUCUUGAUAUAUUAGAUAGUAAAAAUAAAACAAUAUUAAAGAUCACCAAUCAAAAUUGUUAUUUAAUUCAAUGAAUGAAAAUCCUGUUAGAGAAGAAUAUGUUAAAAGUUCAGAUAAUGUAAUUGUUGAUUAGAUAGUUAAUUUAAAAAAUACUCUUCUUACUUUAUUAGGUUAAACAAAUUGUAGAAAACAUGACAAACUUGAAAUAGCUUAUUUACUCUAAGAUUCUAAUUAGCAAGGAUACAUAUUCUUAGAUGAUUUGAUUUCUUUAUUAGUCAAUUUAUAUUGUAUUUCAGAAGUAGCAAUAAUUGAAUAAAAAAUAUUGAAAAUGACUGCCAAAAAGGGAUUGAAAAAUAGAAAAGAUACAAUUAAAAAAGAUAUCUAUAUUAGUAUGGUAAAUGAAUAUGGAUAAGUAUUUGAACCUAUUUGA